UGGCGGCGCCUGCGCUGGACGGUUUGGGGUUGCUGUGGAAACCGGGCCUUGGGUCUUCUGAGGCUUCUCAGUGGCCUAGUCGAGUGUCCUUAGGCCGUAGUGUGGCUUUCUAUCUUUCCCACCCAACACCUGUCUUUUCUGCCGGCUGUCAGCCCCGGAGGAAGUGGGGUGGGGGCUGUUGGAUUGGAGUGGAAGCAGCGGUUUGCCUGUGAGUAGGAAGUUCAAGAAGUAAACCAUGGGGGAACGGAAAGGUGUGAACAAGUACUACCCACCUGACUUUGAUCCUGCAAAACAUGGAUCCCUCAACAAGUACAGGAACAGUCACCCUCUGCGGGAAAGGGCACGGAAACUCUCCCAAGGAAUCCUCAUUAUCCGGUUUGAAAUGCCAUAUAACAUUUGGUGUGAUGGUUGUGGGAAGCACAUUGGAAUGGGUGUCCGGUACAAUGCAGAGAAGAAGAAAGUUGGGAAUUACUACACAACCCCCAUCUACAGGUUUCGGAUGAAAUGCCAUUUGUGUGUGAAUCACAUCGAGAUGCAGACUGACCCAGCCAACUGUGAUUAUGUGAUAGUGAGUGGAGCACGGCGCAAAGAGGAACGAUGGGACAUGAAGGACAAUGAGCAGAUAUUAACAACUGAGCAUGAAGAGAAGAAGAAGUUGGAGACAGAUGCAAUGUACAAGCUGGAACAUGGAGUCAGUGACCAGGAGAAGCUGAAGAUUGCCAUUCCCACCCUGUCUGAUAUCCAGGAGAUGCAGAGUGCCUGGAAAGAUGACUUUGCCAUUAACAGCAUGCUGCGCAAGAAAUUCCGGGAUGAGAAGAAGGUGUUGAAAGAAGUGGAGGAGAAAGACGAAGCUCUUCGGAACAAAGCAUCUCUCAGUAUCCCUCUAGUUCAGGAAUCUGAGGACGAUAAACACUUGGCUUCACUUCUCAAAUUCCAGGCAAUGGAUUCAUACGAGGACAAGCAAAGAUUGAAAAGGAAAGAAAUCACCUCCCGGUCCUGGUUUGCAUCAUCGCAAGUCACGGUAGGAGAGAAGGCUGGUGAGACCUUGAAAAAACUGGGCCUGAAUAAAAAAUCAACAACCAAAUCCACAAACAGCCCAAACGGAUUUGCUGCAAGUAAUCUUGGAAUAAUCCGACGGAAAACAGAAAGCCAGAAACAGCAGUCGCUCUUGGUCAGCAGAGAAAAGGAUUCCAGUCUGGAAAUGAGAAACAGAACCGAUCAAAAGGACCAUGUUCCAGACAGGACAACUGAAGAGGAUGUUAAUGAUUUUAGGGGAGAAACUGACAUUUCCCUACAGACUGAGGCAGUGGUGGACUCUGAUCGAGAUCUCAAUACCAGUUCCCUUGUUGCAGACUAUUCUGACUCCAGUUCAGACACAGAAGUUCUCUGAGCUGUGCCUGUAUGUAAAUUAAUGCAGACAGAUUCAUGUUUCAUGACGUAUUCCUGUAGAAAUAAAUACUCGUAUUAACGUC